AUGCGUUUGUCGUCGUUCGUUGCUUCGCCCUUAUCAUGCCUUUUUAUUUCUGCGUUCGUUUUUUCCCCUUGUGCAAGCGCUCAGGAUCGUACCACCGAGCAGGGAGAAGCUCAAAUUUCAGAUCCUAACAUAGAAUGCACGCCAUAUCAAUAUCCCCCCGUCGGUAAUGCCAAAAACAAUUUUCCUUUGAGUUGGACAGUAGCUACGAUUUUAUCCAGCGACUCCGAUGCUCAAUCGAAAUACCAAAGUAUCGAGAGUCUAAUCCCAAACAUCCCCCCAAAGGGAACACAGCCGCAAUCUCUAGUCGGCAAUUGGGGAAACAUCACAUAUGAUCCCAGUGAUCCUGAUUGUUGGUGGACGUUCGAGAAGUGUACCACUCCUAAGGUCCCGGGUAUUCCAGAUGAUAUAGCUGGACUCCCAGAGCCAAAUACUCUUGGAUAUGGCUUCGACGAUGGCCCAAACUGCUCGCAUAACGCUUUCUACGACUUUUUGCAGUCAAGAGAUCAGACGGCCACAAUGUUUUAUAUCGGCAGUAACGUCAUGGACUGGCCUCUUGAAGCCCAGCGUGGUUUAGCAGAUGGACAUGAGAUUUGCGUUCAUACUUGGUCUCAUCGUUAUAUGACCUCUCUCACGAAUGAUGAAGCUUUCUCAGAGCUUUGGUACAGUGGCAUAACAAAACAGAUGCAGAUCAUCAAACUAGUUAUCGGCGUGACGCCUACUUGCUGGAGGCCUCCCUUCGGUGAUGUCGACGACCGCAUUCGAGCAAUUGCCAAUGCCCUUGGCUUAACGACCAUCAUGUGGCAAUAUGACUCAAAUGACUGGCGUGUUGGUAGUGGAAAUAUCACUGAAGCAGACAUUGAUGCCAACUACAUGGAUCUCAUCGCUGCCGCACAAAACGGUACCUUCGGCGCGUCUGGCACAAUGAUGCUUACUCAUGAGUUGAACAAUUUCACGAUGUCUGAGGCCGUCAAAUUCUACGACCAGUUGGCUUCCGCGUUUUCUUACCUCGUCCCAGUCGGCGUGGCCUUCAAUGUUAGCAAUCCUUACGUCGAGGAUGGAUACACGCUUCCCUCCUUUGCAGAGUAUAUCGCUGGUACGCAUACCGGGUCAGUUACUGGGAGUGGCGAUGGUGACACCAUCGGUGGAUCUUCGGACAGCUCUGGGACUGGCGGCAGUAUUCCAUCCGGGAACUCGACAAUCACGAGUAAGAGCGGGGCAGCCAUAGUCUCGCUUAGUCACGUUGGCUCGUUCGCAAGUGCUGCUGUUCUCAUUACAGGAAUCCAGUUUAUGUUGUGA